GGCCAUAAACGCGUCAAACAUAUCAAACGAAGCUUCUUCAAAAAACAAAAGGUCUUCGUCUCUUUUUUUUCUAAAUCUAGCAGCUCAGAUCUGAUCUGAUCGGAUCAUUUUUCUCUCCGUCUCUAUUGUUUUCCGGUAAGGCCAUUCAAUCUCUUGUGUCCGGAGAGACGGCCAAUUUAAAAUUCAAGAACAAUCACGGAAUUGUAGAUCUAGGGUUUCCUUAUUUUUUUUAAUUGUUUGACUUUGAUUAUUUUGCUAUUUUUAAUUCUGUUCUCGUUGCUGUUGUGGAAUCUCUCUGAGCGGUAUUGUUAUUGUUACGAUUUGUUAAAUUUGCUUCAUCUGAUAUAUUUGAUUUCGUGUAAAAGAAAAAAAGGAUUCGAAUUGAGUUGUUGAUUUUGGGGAUUUAGGGUUUGUAUAUCUAUCUCUGUGCUGUUGGUGUUUAAUUUUCAAUACGUUUUUUGAGAUUGAAUUCUUUUGAUUGAGAAGAAAUUUUGGUGCUUUAAUAAUAUGGCGGCAGGACGAGUCGAUGUGUCGAGGAGAAGGGGUAUUAAUGGUUACGACAGUAAUCAUUUUAAUCCAUACAAGAAUGGAGAACAUGGUGUGGGGUAUAAGAAUGGCUACCAUAAUUCCUCAAGUUCCCGAAAUAUUAUUUCGGGAAGAAAUAGGGUUAGCAGUUGUAGAGAGAUAGAAAGGGAAUUCCGAGAAUUUCGUCCGAGAUAUGGCCUUGAGGAUGGUGAGAUACCAAGCAGUGAAGAUGGGAUUCAGCUUCCUUUGGAGAAGAAAAGGAAGUUCUCCCCUGUUAUUUGGGAUGUUGAAGAUAAAGUAGCUUUGAUGCAGAAAGCCGUGACAACAAGUGGAACUAUAAAAAUUGCUACAAACUCGGUUGCCUCUGAGGAGGCGGCCCCAGCUGAAUUGGAACCUGUUUCAGAUGAGGGUUGUAGAACAGCAAGUCCAUUUGAUGCUAAUGGAUCUGGAUCUCUCUCUCCAGCAAUGUUGUCCUUCUUCUGUCAAGAGAAGAAUGAAACUGAUGACCAAAAUCAGACCCAAGGUCUGGAGGAGGAAGAGUUUGCUGAGGCACGACACAUAUCCAUGUCUCGAUGGGCAUCUGACAGUGAUUCUCCAACGAAUGCAAAUCUAUCUGAUGAUGAAGGUGCCCCUGGAGAAACUAUAUGCAGAAAGGAAUCAAUUGGUCAGGACUCCAGUGAUGAUAGAUUGCCAUCCUCUAAAUCUAUUGAAAGAGGUUGCAGUUCAGGGUCUUCUGAUCCAUUAGAAGACUCUGAAAAUACAAUAAUCAAUGAAGAUCUCAUGGAUGUUGACAGGAUCAAGGAUGGGAAUGACGAUGCAAAACAAAUGGAUGAUAGUUGCUGUCAAGUCGAAGGGUCUGGUGUUGCUGACGGGAGAAGUUUCGAUAUGCUGGAGGGUUGUCGAAGUGUGUAUGAGUAUGAGAGACUCAAUGAAAUUAAUGAAGGUACUUAUGGUAAAGUGUACAAAGGAUUGGAUAAGAAGACCGGACAACACGUAGCUCUGAAGAAAGUUAAGUUGGAUGUACGAAAAGAUAAGAGUCUAGAAGAAUAUGGCUUCCCUAUAACAUCCUUGCGUGAAAUUAACAUUCUAUUGUCUUUUCAGCAUCCUUCAAUUGUGAAUGUUAAAGAAGUUGUUGUAGGUGGCCUUGAUAGUGUUUAUAUGGUGAUGGAGUACAUGGAACAUGAUCUGAAGGGGUUCAUGCAGGCUAGAAAGCAUCCCUUUAGUACCAGUGAAGUAAAGUGCUUGAUGCUGCAGUUGUUGGAAGGCGUCAAAUAUCUUCAUGAUAACUGGGUACUUCAUAGAGAUUUAAAGACGUCUAAUCUUCUUUUAAACAAUGAAGGAGACUUGAAAAUAUGCGACUUUGGGAUGUCACGCCAAUAUGGGAGUCCGUUGAAGCCAUAUACAUCUCUUGUGGUUACUUUGUGGUACAGGGCACCUGAACUACUUCUAGGAUCAAAGCAGUAUUCUACAGCUAUUGACAUGUGGUCAGUGGGCUGUAUAAUGGCUGAAAUGUUGUCUAAAGAACCUUUGUUCAAAGGGAACAAUGAAAUCAAUCAGCUUUCCAAGAUUUUUGGAAUUCUGGGCACACCAAAUGAGGGUAUUUGGCCGGGAUUUUCUAAAUUGCCUGGAGCUAAAGCAAAUUUUAUUAAGCAGCCGUAUAAUUUUUUGCGGAAAAAGUUCCCAGCAACAUCUUUUACAGGAGCACCUUAUCUUUCAGAUUUGGGAUUGGAUUUGUUAACUAGACUUUUAACUUACGACCCGGAGAAGAGACUAACAGUUGAUGAAGCCUUGAAUCAUGGUUGGUUCUGUGAAGUACCUUUAGCAACAUGUAAAGAACUAAUGCCUACUCUUCCCCCUCAGCAUGCAAAAAACAGGAUUGUGUCUCUCAACCGAAAGAGAAUUGAUUCAUGCAAUCUCGUUGGAGAUAAUUCUUUCUUGUAUUGAUCCUUUAGCCUUGAAGUUCCUAACCGGUUUGAGUUCAAUUUGGUGUAAUUAAAUAUACCUUAUCAAAUUUAAUGUUCAAGAAGUUAAUAUUUUAUUUUAUUAUUUUUCAAAUUGCUGUUUUACUUUAUUUUCUUGCAUAAGUUUUUCUUUGCAAGAGGGGACUGAUAUGCGACGAGGGAUGAAUAUUGCUGAUGCUUGGUGUUCAAAAGUUCAGAAAGCAUUGCACCUGCAAGACUGAAGGGGGCAAAAAAGAAAAGAAAAAUAGUUCUACAUAGCUCGGAUUGUAUGUUAUCAUCCAUUCAACUGUGCCUAAUUUGCAAAUGUAGGGCUGGUAUUCAGCUGGUGUGUAGAAUCGUUUUCUGGUAGUAAGUUUCAUCCAUUGCCUUAUCCUCCCCCAUUAAUUAUUUAUCAGUCUUUGGCUUUGUUAUUUUUUUUAUGUUAGAAUAUUUUGCAGGUUUCCAGUUUAUUGUUUUUGCAACAGUUGUUUAGGUAUAUACUUCAGUCUGGUUUGGUAUACUCAUCAAAAACAUUGAGGUAAUGAUAAUAGUGCAUGUUGUUGCGUACCCAUUUGUUUGAAAUUAACUAUAAAUUUGCGGCAAAUCUCUCUCAAAUUCUUGGAUGCAUAUUCAAGGCACUGCUUUGUAGAUGAAGAUUUUGAUGAAAGAGUCGCAGUGAGGUUUUUGUAGAGAAGGCAGAUUUGCUAAUGUUCCGCUAAUUGAUUCGGAAUUGUUAUUAUAAUUUAUAUACUUUUUAGCUGCCAUUAGUGCUACUUAAUUGAUAAAACACUUCUGUAUCUUGUGAAUAAAUGUUUGUGUUGAUUCAAGCUA